AUGCUGUUUAUUGGAGAGCCGAGAGGCGUUCUUGCAUCUACCCACUUCGUCAAAACGGACAUAACCAUCUUCCGAGUUAAAGAGUUACGUCGUUACGUAGUUCAGUACGUUAUGGAUAAACAACUCAAGAUCGAGGCAUGGGUGGUGGUGCUCUUCACACUGCUGCUGGUGGUGAAUGCUGAAGAGAAUCCUCAGAGCAAGGAUGGGGACCAGGACCUGGUCGCUGAAGCCACACAGAACGGGGCACAAACUCAGAAGAGGGAGGCUGGGCUGUCCAACUCUUACGGCGAACCUCUACCAGCGGACGCGUACGGACCACCCUUGAACAUACCUAAUAUUGUUCAAGAGCUGCAGUUUCCAACCCCAGUAUACGGAGUACCAGAGACCACAAUCUUCUUAGAAACACCCCCUGGAGCGUACGGACCUCCUCAACCAGUGGUCUUCCCCAGCCAGAACUACGAGGGACCUCCACCGCCCAUCGGCAAACCAAAACCUUCCUACGGCCCACCAAAAUUCCACCCACCAAAGCAGUCUUACGGCCCUCCAAAACCUAUAUACGGUCCACCAAAGAAGACCUAUGGACCUCCAAAACCAAAUUAUGGUGCACCAUUCAAACCUCCAAAAUUCUCCUUCCCCAAACCCGUAUACGGUCCCCCCAAACCAAUUUACGGACCUCCAAAACCCAUUUAUGGACCCCCUAAAAUAAAUUAUGGACCACCGCUACUAAAUCAAAACAUACCACUAGAUUUCCCACAAAACUUUGGAACGAUUGGAUCAAGUUUCGGACACAUUGGUCCAAUCAGCAGUAUCGGCACAAACUUCGGGAGCUUGGAAACCAGUGUUGGAACCAGUAUUGGGACAAAUAUUGAUUUAGGAGUGAAUUUACCAGCUCCGAUUUACGGAACACCCAUAACUAGUUUACCAGGCAAUUUGAAACCGAAAUUCCCAAUACCAUCAGAUACAUAUGGGCCACCGGGUCAUUCUUUAGGGCCAAUUGGUCCUAACGACCAAGUUGUAGUGCAAGAUUUUGAAAGUGUUGGGCAUUAUGGACCUCCACAGCCAGAUCCUAACCCUAGGCCUCCUCACCCUGGUAUUCCAGCUCCCCCAACACCACCCCAUGUUUUAUAUGAUGGUUGGAAACCAAUUCCAGGAGUCUCUCAAGCAGUUAUUGAAACAGGACACAUAGAAGCCUUAGAUCAGUAUGGUCCACCACCUCCUCCACCACCUAAUGUCCAAGAGGUCACAAUAAACCUUGAUGGACACUCGCUACCUAACUUGGACCACCAUCAAUUCAACUCAGGGGCACAAAUAUCUGAAGGAUACUCAACAGUUCACCAAGAUGCAUUAGCUAAUAUUGACUUAAACGCUAUAGUUGGUGGAGAUUCCAACCAUAUCGAUCAAUCUAAGACCGUAUUCGAAGCUCAUUUCACAGAAAACAAUAAUGGCCACGAUGAUUUAGGAUUUGUACAAAAUUCAAUACCAGAAAAGGUACAAUUUGACACUUACGGACCUCCGCCAAUAGAAUCUUUAUCUAACGGACCAUACCCUCCAUCUCAUAGACAACAAGGUGCUAAAGGUCUGAUCCCACCAUCUGGUGUCUAUGGAGUUCCACCAGGUAGCCAAUACGGGGCACCUCCAAAACCUCUACCAGCUAACCUACCAAUUCCGUACGGAACCUUUUCAGGAGGAGGUCAUUCCAUCCAUACAGGCGGACACCAUCCAAAACAUCCAAUAAAAUUCAGGGACUCUGUCCCAGACGGUUUGAUUCAACAAAUCGGACAUCUAUCUCACCAUAAGGAUACCCACGCUAUCGAUCAUAUAAAAUCUGGUCCAAUAUAUUUACCUCCACCGAUACGAGAUGUGAAAGAGUUGAACCAACAUGGACAUCAUGGAAUUUCAUUAUCUAUAGAACCAUCAAAUUUGUACAGUCUACCUCAUUCAGGUCAAUCGAUAAACUUCCAGCAAAUCCAGCAAGCACAGCCUAGCAACUUAUACGGUUCUCCCAUAGACUCAUACGCAGCACCGCUACUAACUGUAGGUGAUCAUACUGCUUCUGGCUCGACUAGCAAUGCUGUAGCAGCAACUAUAGAUGGCAUGAUACUAGCUAACCUGUCCAAUUUGGAAGCGGCUGCCAUCUUAAAACAUUGUCCAUAUCACGAAGCUAUUUUAAGAGCAGCUCGGAACGGUGAAAAGAUACCUUCAGAUCUAGCAUCGAAAUAUGCAGCAAGCUUAAGUACUUUAGGCUUGACUUUACAUAAAAAUCAGAAUUUCGAAUCAUCUCAAAAUAAUUUGAAUAGUGAUUCAACCAACUAUAAUUCUAAUAAAGAUUUAGCAACCGCAUCUCACACUCAAGUCGAAACUGUAUUAGCGAAUUCAAUAGAAAACGAUAAAACUAUUAAAAAUAGUAUACAAAAAGGAAAAUCGUUGCAAAACUUGAAAGAUAGAUACAAGCAAAACUCGAUAUCGGAUCAAAUAUAUCAAACUUCGGAGAAAAUAAAGAAUUUAAGUGAAGAAGCUAAGCUGUUACAACAAAAGAUUGUAUCUACCAGUCAGAAUUUAAACAAGGUUAAUGGUCAAAUACAAAUUGAUCAAAAUAAUAAUGGCCAGGCAACUUAUUCAGUACAAAUACAAUCUUCUCAGGAUAGCAAAGAUGGCCCAUCAAUACCUCACGAACAAUUGUUAUCAGAAGGUCUAUUACAAAGUAUAUUACAAGCUAUAGAACAACCACAAAACAACCAAGUUAAAAACAACAUAGACCAAAAUCAGAAUACAUACUCAAAAGUGCAACAAAAUAAUCAAAACCAAUACUCAAAUCAACAAAACACUCUUUACCAAUCGAAUGCACAGCAGAGUAAUAAUCAAAUAAAUUACUCAAACUCUCAAUCGAACAGUUUUAACUAUCAAACUUCUGGUUUCGAAAAUUCUCAGGACGGUCUAGUUUUGCCUGCGGGAUACGAACCAGUAGAUCGAACCAAGAAGAAUAAUCAGAAAGACCAAGAAGUACAAAGUUCCAAUGAAGAUGUGAGGACUAACGAGCACAAAGAGGAAUAUUAUCACAGGGGUGAUAUUCCACAUGACUGCGAUUUAAGGGCCGAUAAUUCCGUGACCCAUACAAUAGUAGUUCCUCCCCCAAAUGUCGAAAAUGUCGAACGCGUUCAAGAUGUAGAAGACAACGAUGUAGCGGUAUACUUCGGUGAGAAUGAAAAGAAUUCGGAAAAACAGGAACAAGUUACGGAAAUUUCGGUAGCGACAUCUAUUAGUGAAAGUGAGAACGAUGAGGAAUAUGAUAAAACGCCGGAGUUCGGUGAAAAAAUUAAGAAAUCGUGAGUUUUAGGGUUAAUGUAGUUUCUAGUCUUAUGCUGAGUUUCCACGUAGAUGAUCGACGAUUUUGGAUG